GGAUGACGAGGACUGUCAGACAUUUAACAGCUUGUGAACGCUCUUAAGUUCAGCAGACAUAUCGUCAACUCCUCAAAUAAGCACUUGGAAUGAGCAUUUAGUCUGCUCAGCCACCAACAAGGCAGGUUGACUACCAACCGUAGAGGCAGUGGAGCAGCAAAAUGUUCGGAGGCACUUAUGGUGGUGGCCUUGGGCGAGAGUUUCCGGUCGGGAGUAGCCUCGCCGCGCAUCUGAUGGGCGGGGGUUUCAACCGGUUUGGCGCGCAUCCUUCGGCGUAUGAUGACUAUCUAACUGCGUACAGCAUGGCCAUGCUCCCCGGCCAGGAGCGUGACAAUGUCAGCUACGGUGGCAAGGUCAUCCUCCCGCCUUCCAGCUUGGAUCAAUUGACAAGAAUGGAAGUGGAAGGACCGUGGGUGUUUCGGCUGCGAAACCCGAACCCAAACGUGCCGUCGAAGGAUGCAUUACCAGCUAGGGAAGAUGGUGGCGCGAGCUCAUCUGCUGCUUCCAGUAGAGCACGCGAGUCGCACGCAGGUGUGCUCGAGUUCAUCGCAGAUCACGGUCGAGUUCAUCUUCCGGCAUGGAUGAUGAAGUCGCUCGCUUUGAAUGAAGGCGACAGAGUGCGCGUCACUGGCACCACACUCCCCAAGGGCAAGAUGGUCAAGAUCCAACCACAGACGGUCGAUUUCCUCGAGAUUUCUGACCCGAAAGCCGUCCUUGAGCAGGCGUUGCGAAAUUUCAGUACACUGACCCCGGGAGACAUCAUCGAGUUCAAGUACAACUGCCUGACAUUUGAAGUGCUUAUCAUGGAGAUCACACCUGACGCACCUGGCAUCUCCAUCAUCGACACGGAUCUCGAGGUGGACUUUGCGGCGCCCAAGGGCUACGUGGAGCCGGCGCCACAACCUAAAAUCCCACCUGCCACGAUGGCAUCAAAGCUUAAAAUCGAAACAUCUGCCACGGAAAGCAUCCCAGCUUCUGGUGCUUCUACGCCAGGUGGCGGCAGCGGCGCCGGCGGUCACAGUUCCAGACGCGAAUCUUCGUCGGCAGCAACCGUGCAGCAACCAGCGGGCCCGUUCCGUGGUGCCGGGCAGACAUUGAGCGGCAAGAAGUCCAAAGGAAAGAAGACGAAGGAGAUCGAACAGAUUGAUCCGUUCAGCCUGGUGCGGCGGACCGACCAGCCAAAGAUCGUGACGAAUGACACGUUGCUUGAAGACAAAAAGGUUCCCGCUGCGCUGCGCCUGGAGUUUGGCAGGCUCUUCUUUGGGUACGAUUAUAUUCCGCCAGGAGGCAAGCAGGAGGACAAGGAGAACACGAGUGCGAAGCAGAUCUCAUUCUCAGGGACAGGACAGACACUUUCGGGCCGUGCACCGCGGCGCAAAGUCGAUAGCAGUGCGCCCAAGGCAUCAGUAGUAGUUUCAUCUUCAGCUCCUGGAACAGCGGCCACAGGGGCAGCCGGGGAGUUAUCGGCACCCGCCGUGAAGCCAUUCGGGGGGCAAGGCGAGACACUGGGCGGCAAGCGAACUGUCAAGCGUCCGCUCGACAAUGAGACAUCCAGUGGGCGUCGGCAGAAGUCACCCAAUGUGAUCGAAGUCGAUAGCAGCAGUGAAGACUAGCUCAUUUAGUCAUGUUAGCCAGCCUGUCUGCGUCUGUUCCACAACUGUACUUCUCGCAUCUCCAUCACACAAGGUGCAGAAAUGGUAGCAUU